AUGUUGAAUACAGUGUUGUGUAUCGUCUCCUUGAUGAGCAUCCUCACUGCUCAUAUACUCACCGACAAGGAGGUACAAUUCGAGCCCCUAUCAGAUGAAAUGAUUGCGUAUAUCAAUCAGCAUCCUGAUGCUGGUUGGACAGCUAGUCGAAGUGAUCGAUUCAAAUCGGUGGAAGACGCACGAAUUCUACUCGGUGCCAUGCGUGAGGAUGAAGAGUUAAGAAAGAAGAGACGACCAACAGUUGACCAUCAAAAUGUGAGCAUGGAGAUACCAUCGAGCUUCGACUCACGAAAGAAGUGGCCUCAGUGUAAAAGUAUAUCGAAUAUUUAUGACCAAUCCCGAUGUGGUGCUGGCUGGGCAUUCGCUGCAGUUGGAGCAAUGAGUGAUCGUAUCUGCAUUCAGUCGAAAGGGAAGAAAUCUGUCGAAUUAAGUGCAGUCGAUCUACUCAGCUGUUGUCAGGAUUGCGGUUUGGGCUGCCAAGGAGGAUAUUCUGAAGCAGCCUGGGCUUACUGGCUAGAAGAAGGCAUUGUUACUGGCAGUUCAAAGGAGAACCACACAGGCUGUCAACCAUAUCCAUUCCCUAAAUGCGAACAUCAAACUAAAGGAAAGUAUCCAGAAUGUGGUGAAACGAUUUACAAGACACCGAAAUGUCAACAGAAGUGUCAAAAUGGGUACAAAACACCUUAUAAGAAAGACAAGCACUAUGGUAAGGAGGCUUACAUCGUGUUUAAUAACGAAGAUGCAAUCAAAAAGGAAAUAAUGAUGCAUGGACCAGUGGAGGCAGUUUUCACAGUAUAUGCAGAUUUCCUUAACUACAAAUCUGGAAUCUACAAAUAUAUGAAAGGGAAAGAAAUCCGUGAACAUCCUGUAAGAAUCAUAGGAUGGGGUGUAGAGAAGGAAACCCCUUACUGGUUGAUUGCAAACUCGUGGAAUGAAGAUUGGGGAGAGAAAGGAUACUUUAGAAUAUUACGUGGAAAAGAUGAAUGUGGAAUUGAGUCAUUGGUUACAGCUGGAUUACCUCGUGAUUGAUUUAUUUCAUCCCUGUUGAAUUGAGUACUUGUAACUACUCAUUCUAAAUAAAGUAAAUUUAUAAACAAUAUUCUCUUCAUAUCAAGUUGGUGAAACACAGUGUAAAGGAUACUUUUGGAUUUGUUGAAAGGAUAAAUGAUUUAAAUGUUGACAAUAAAUUCAUGAUAUCAAUUGGC